UCGAAGCUUUUAGCAAGUUUCUAAGUUCAUUUCCUAGUAAUCGAAGCUCGUCUGUGUUCAAUUAAGCUGUGUAUUUUGAAGUAAUUAGGUUUUGUCUAUAUUCUAAUUGCUGAAUCAAGUUACUUGAUUUGAUUCAUUUUUGUAGUCUCAAGCUAAUUUUGUUCAGUUUUGCUUAUUCUGUAGCUAUUAGAUUAGGAAAAAAUUGGGUUUGUUUCAUAUUUUUCUGGGGAUUUUGUAAAACCAGAUUUGUGGUUUUAGAGCUCUUGUUGAUCAUCUUGAAGUAGGAAAUUUUGUGUUGUGUUUUCUUCCAAGUUAGCUAGUGAUUCUGAUUGCUACAAUGGCUGAAACUGAUGUUACUGUGUUUUCUGGUUUAGCUAGCUGAGUUGGGAACAAUUUGGGAGAAAAUUUUAUAAGAGACUCUUUACUAUAUUGAUAUUUAUCUUUCUAUUUUUGGUUACCUGAGUUCUGGCUUUUUGUUUUGGAAAAGUUUUAUGAAGUACUCAUUAGUGUUUUCUUUGGUUCAUAAGCAGUUUAUGCAUGUAUUAGUUACUAGCAAGGCUUUGGUGGAGAAUGAAAUGGUUCUGUUGACACUGUUUUGUGAUUUGGCUAUGUGCAGGGUUAAACGAUGGAUCAGUCUUUUAUUUUGAUAUUCCAUUAGCAUGCUUAGUUAUUUGUUGAAGGUACAUCGUGAGGAGUUUAAAUAUCUCAAAUGGAUGAUGGUGGGCAUCGUGAGAACGGUCGGCAUAAAGCAGCUCAGGGUCAGUGGAUGAUGCAGCAUCAGCCGUCGAUGAAACAAGUGAUGUCAAUAAUAGCAGAACGCGAUGCAGCGAUUCAGGAGAGAAAUCUGGCGAUAUCAGAGAAAAAAGCAGCAAUAGCUGAAAGGGAUAUGGCGUUUCUUCAGCGAGACACGGCCAUCGCUGAGCGCAAUAAUGCGAUAAUGGAGAGAGACAGUGCUCUUACAGCUCUCCAAUACCGUGAGAACUCCAUGGUUACUGCUGCUUCUGCCAAUAUGUCAGCAUGUCCACCAGGAUGUCAAAUCUCACGUGGUGUAAAAAACAUGCACCAUCCACAUAUGCAUCAUCAUCAUCAUCAACAACAUCACAUACCCCAGUUGACUGAAAAUGCAUACGAACCCAGAGAAAUGGAGCCAAAUGAUGGUCUCCCGACAUCACCAACUGCUGGAUCUGUCUUAGAAUCUGCCAAACCAAAACGCGGUAAAAGAGUGAAGGACCCAAAGACGACAACACAAACGGCUGCUAAUAAGAGAGGGACAAAAAAUCAAAGGAAGGUUAAGAAAGAGAGCGAGGACGACUUAACUAAGAUAAUGUUUUUAAAGACGACCCAUGACUACACAGAAGAAGAUUCAAGUAAGCAUAUCUUAAUAGGAUCGAAAUCUGAUUGGAAAAGUCAAGAAAUGGUGGGGCUGAACCAAGUGGUUUAUGACGAGACAACGAUGCCACCACCAGUAUGUUCAUGUACAGGAGUUCUCAGACAGUGCUACAAAUGGGGCAAUGGAGGUUGGCAAUCAUCCUGUUGCACAACCACACUAUCAAUGUAUCCUUUGCCAGCACUGCCCAACAAAAGGCAUGCUCGAGUCGGUGGACGGAAAAUGAGCGGGAGCGCGUUCAACAAGCUCCUAAGCCGGCUUGCUGCAGAAGGGCAUCAUGAUCUUUCGAACCCGGUCGAUCUGAAGGACCAUUGGGCAAAGCAUGGUACGAACCGUUACAUCACGAUUAAAUGAUAUGUGCAUUUAGGUGUGAGUUGUUCUUAUGAUUGUAUCUGAUUUUAAGUUACGUGUACUAAAUUCAAAUAAACUCUAGAGCAAAAGAAUUGUAUGUGGGAGAGCCAAUGUUAUGUUGUAUUAUAUAAUUGGAAAAAAUCAUUAGCAACAUCACAAACCA